AUGAUAAAUGAUUUAAAUAGGUUAAACACCAAUGUUAAAGUGUUCAGACCGCAAAUAUAUCUACCACAAUCUAUUACUCGUGCAGUACAAUCUACACAUCCGCUGGAUUUUGACUUUGUUUAUCGCGAUCUGCACAUUGGCAAAGAAUCUCUAAAUUCCUUGUGUGUUUUGGGUCUAGAAAGUGAGAUUAAUUGGCUAAGAAAUGAAUUUUACCAAAUUUUAAAAUGUUAUGCAAUUAGAUCCCCCUUAAUAAAUCUAAAGAAGGCCAAAGGCUAUACCCACUUAGACAUAUACGGCCUUAGUCCCAAUGAUGAUGACAAAUUUGUCAAUCAACAAAAUGGCAAUAUCGGUAAAUUGAAAAGGCAUAUCAAGCCAUUUCCCCUAGUCACACCUUUCUACCACUACUACGGUACAAGACUCGUGUUGGAUGAUGACAAAGAUUACACAUGUAUAUUAUCCAACACCAAUUUUGAAAAACACAUUUUUAAGGCAUUUUCUUCAGCAAAUCCACGAAGUUUGGCACUGUUACUUAAGGCUUACAAUGAGAAAUUCAAGAUACAACCUAAUAUUAAUUACCUACAAUUAUUAGAUUGGAAAAGAGAACUGAAGAACGGAUUCAAUCUGAUAUUAUGCGGCAAAGGCUCUAAAUACUACCACUUAAACCAAUUUUACGACUUGUGUAAGGAUGGAAUAAGGUGUAUGAUCAAUGGGUACAAAAUAAAUAAACAGUUUCCAAAACAACCAAUUGCCCAAAUACUUAAAAAGUACUUCAAAUCACAAGUUAAAUGUACAGAAGACAUAUUUGAGCUUUUGAUUGAAAAGAUGGAAAAUAGCGAAUUGCCAUUGUACAUAAUAGUGCAUGGGCUAGAUUACAUGAUCACUAACAGAAUUAGAUACAUAGAUAGCUUUCUAAACUUAUUAACUAGUAAUCAUGUGCGAGUUUUGUCUUCAUUCGAUCGUGUUUGGGGGGAGGUAUGUUUGAACAGUGAUAAAUACAACAAAUAUAACCUCAAGCUCAUCACAUUAGACACGGGUAUAGACUAUAGAGCUGAAGUUGAAAGCAUGUGGUUGGCAUGCGGCCCUGAUUACUAUUUUAAGGGGAUGAAAACGCCAUCAUUUGAGGGUUUACAGUCGGUACUCAGUGCCUUGAGCAUUAACCAUCAAAAACUACUCAGGAUUCUAGCGGAGUUACAACUUGAAUACAUAAAUGGUGUCCCCCGAAAGGUGCUACUUAGCAAAGCUAUAGUCAUUUGCAAUUCGGAAGAGAAGUUGGAUAGUUUGUUGGUGGAAUUCAUAUCGCAUAAAUUAGUGAGAGAGAUUAAGAUUAAGGGGGAAAUUAGUUACUUAAUCCCUCUUGAUAAUAACUCAAUUAUGUCACUGGUAGAAUUGCAGUGA